AUGCGUUGUCUGAUCGUCUCCUGCAUCCUCAUUUCUUGGGCCCUGGCUGAUGAUGUCACUUCCGCUGCUCCGGCGGCCGCUUCGGGAGCUCCUGAGUGUCACGCAGCUGUGCCCUGCUUGGACACCUGCACCAGCGGAAUCCCAUGCACAGGUGCCAUGCUCCAGAAGGGAAUGGCCGGUAUUGAGAAGGCUCAUGAGAAGAAAAUGAUGGAAGACGAUGUCUACGAGUUCUUCAAAAACAUGACCGAAUCGGACCUCGACUGUGCCGCCACCAUCAUCAACAACUAUUGCAAGACCGGUGAACACGCAACUGACCGCCAAUCAUUUGUUACCUUGAUCAAAGAGCUGUGCCCCAGCUCCAACCUCUCCGACUAUGUCAACUCCUUCUACCAGACCCAGGUCGAUAAGGUUAACCGCAUCAAGGAGCAGAAUGCUCAAUGCGGAGAGCUCCUUAUUGGAUGGGAGAAGAGCGUCUACAAGGUGUUCGACCUUACCAGCGGAGACAAGCCGGAUAUGACCGCUGUUUUCACCCAGAGCAUGCAAAACUGCGUUGACUUCAUCACGCAAGCCGAAGAAAACCGUGAUACCUGCGAGCCGCUCUGGAUCCAGGAAUUCCCGAAUGUCGUUGCAUACUACCAGGCUAACCACGACAUCAUCAUCGCCAUGGUCAAGCCGAUGUGCGAGAGUGGAGUGAAAAACUCGGCCAAGAUCCCGGAGCUGAUUAACAAGGCCAUGCAAAUGUUCAUGUGCAAGAAGGGCGCCCCACCCGCCACCACCCCGGCCAAC